ACGUGGUCUAGCGUCACAUCCGCGCUCUCUCUCUCUCUCUCUCUCUCUGGCAGCCAUCUUGCUGGGCUCCUCGUGUGUGCGCCCUCAGCCGCGGGUGUGUGCGGAGCCUCUCACGCUUGGUACCGCCACGGCCCCGGGAGUUCCACACCACGCAAGAUGAAAGAAACAAUAAUGAAUCAAGAAAAACUAGCCAAACUGCAAGCCCAAGUACGCAUUGGUGGAAAGGGUACUGCUCGCAGGAAGAAGAAGGUGGUACACAGAACUGCAACAGCAGAUGACAAAAAGCUCCAGUUCUCUUUAAAGAAGCUUGGUGUGAAUAAUAUUUCUGGUAUUGAAGAGGUGAACAUGUUCACAAACCAGGGAACAGUCAUCCAUUUUAAUAAUCCUAAAGUUCAGGCUUCACUUGCUGCAAAUACAUUUACGAUCACAGGACAUGCAGAGACUAAGCAGCUGACUGAGAUGCUGCCCAGUAUCUUGAAUCAACUUGGAGCUGAUAGUCUGACUAGCUUGAGGCGGCUGGCAGAGUCUCUGCCUAAACAACCUGUGGACAGCAAAGCACCACUUGCUUCUGGUGAGGAUGAUGAUGAUGAAGUUCCAGAUCUUGUUGAGAACUUUGAUGAGGCUUCAAAGGAUGAAGCAAACUGAACUGAAGUUGACACCUGAGGAUGACGUGAAGUUGAAAUGGCUUUAGGGGGCUGCUAUUUGUAUUAGUUUUUAUUUUGCUUUUGUAAUCUUACAGUUUUGUACUGUUACACAUAAGUUUGCAGUCAUGUGAUUUGGUUAUCCUGUUAUUUUUGUUACUUGUAGCAGCUCUUCUAAUGCUGAAUCAUGCAGUUGGAAUCUACCAACUUUGCAGCCUGGUUUAAAAUAGAAAUUCUGAACUGAAUCUAGCUCUGUGGAUUGGAGUGGAAAUAAAGGAGAAAAGUGUC